AUGGCGAAGCCGCUCCCGGCGCGGUGCGCCCUGGGACAGGCUGAGAGGGGCGGGCGGCUGGCGGGGGCGCCCGGCGCGGCCACGGCCUUCCCGGGGCACAGGCCGCAGCCCGUGGAGCAAGCCUCUGAGUAUGCUGUCUCUGGAGCAUUUUCCCUUCAAAAGUCAAGGCGUCCACAGGGGCCUCGUGGUCCUGUGAUGAGUUUGGAAACCGUGGAACAGCUGCAAGAUCACGAUGAGGCCUGUGAGGAAGCUCAAGAGCUGCUCAGUAGCUGGAUGAAGUCCAAACUGCAACUGGAGCUGGCGAGUGAUGGAGAAGAGGAAGUUGACUCUGUCCUCCUGGAAAAGCCUGCUGCAGCCCCUCUGAAGUAUGAGCAGUUUGAUGACUUGUGCAGCUAUCUGGAACAUGAAUUGGAAAAUUCUUCCGUCCAAGAAUACCUACAGCAUCUUUUGCAGAGUAAAGUUGUGAACUGGGGGAUAGCGAAAGACCUUAGACUUGAAGAUGUCAAGGAAAAACAAAAACUUGCAGAUCCACGAAUAAUCAUGGAGCUCAGACACAAGCAGGUGAAAGAAAACCGAAUGAGGCGUCAGAAGGCAUUAGAACUUCAGAGACAAGAAGAGUCCCUGAAGAAAUCAAUUCUGUCUGAGGCUAAGCUCCAAGCACAGGAGGAGGACAGAAGGAAGGCCCUGAAGGCCAAGAAGGAGGAGGAAGAGAUCCGGAGGGAAAUGGUGAAGCUGCGAAAGGAAAUGGCUGAGAAGAGGCACACCAUGGCACAAGGACGGAGAACGGAGGGGAAGAGACAAGAAAGAAGUCAGAAACCGUCAAUGCAGGAGGUAUCUAUUACUGCGUCACCACCCCUGGUCCUGAAGAAAGAAGAGCAAGGAGAGGAGAAACGGAGAAAGGCUCAGGAGCUGCUGCGCAGGAUUCACACCAAUAAGCAGAGAUGCAUGCAACAACAUUUCUCUGCUUGGCUGAAAGUCAUUCUGGAGCACAGAAUUAAAAUGGGAAAAGCCAGAGCCCUUGCUGACUGGAAAUGCCAACUGAAGGCCCUGCGAGCCUGGAGAAACUAUACUUGGGCCCAGAAAGUAGAGCAGGAGGCACAGCAAUUGGAAGUUCAUCUCCAAGAUCAAAACAGGAAAAAACAACUGUCUGUGGAGCAUAACCAGCGACGGCUUUUGCGCUGUUGCUUUCUGGCAUGGCAGCGCUGGAGCCAAGCAGAGACAGAAAAGCGAGAGCUGCAGAUCAAGAGGGAGGAGAUGAAGAGAAAGAUGGCACAGCUGCUGGAGGCAGUGUCACUCGGAAGGGGUGGUCUGGACAGGCCACUGGAGGUUAACGAGACUGGAACAGCAGAAGUAAACCAUCAUCAAAAUUUGCAGCAAGACAAGCCAACUGAAACUUGCCUCAUACAGAAAGAACCUGACCAGACCAGAGACCACUCUUGUUUGGAUGCUGCUCACACAUCUCAUUCCUACAGAAAACCCAAAUUUGCCUGGGAGACUACCCUAAAACAGGCAGCCCCAAGUGCCCAGGAUCAGGCUGUGUACAGGAAUCAAAUAGCCACUCCCCCGCAGCAGUUUCAAGCACCUGGUCCAAAGACAGCUCCUGCUUAUGGUAGCUGUUUUGAGCACCGUUAUGCCUUCCAGCAACGUCUGAUUGAGGAGCAGAGGCAGCAGCUUCAGAAACAGCAAGAGCUGAUCCUUGAAUUGCAGGAAAAUCAGAGGCUGAGCAGAACUAAAGAGGCAGCACAAGCCAUGGCUGUAGCUCAGCUGCAUAACAACUCUGCUUCACAGAUGAGGGAGGAAAUACUGAAGAGGGAAAAACAAUCCAGAUGCAAGAAUACAACCCAUUUGAGUCUGCCUGUUUCUCAUGGGCCAGAAAACACAAGGGCAGUGAUGCAAGGCAGGAGGCCCUCCAACCAGCUCACCUCAGCUCAUCCCAUACUGAAAGCUAUGGAGGAGAGAGCAACUCAGCGGGCAGAACGGAGGAGGAAACUAGAAGAAGCCAAACAACGAAGAGAAGAGGAGAAACUGGCCCAGCUGAAGGCUGAAGAGGAAGCACAACAGAGGAAGGAGGCCGAGGAAAAGAAAGCUCAGCAGGAAAAACGACGAGAGGAGAGAAGGCAGCAGAAGCUGAAAGAGCUGGAGAAGCAGAGGAGGCUGGAGAAAGAGCAGCAGCUCCGGAGAAAGGCCAGAGAUCACUAUGAGAAGGUCCUGCUGAGAAAGCUGGGAAUGGUGCCAUGGAAAAGGCUGAUGGAGGAAGCCAAGGAAAACCUGGCGAUGGCACAAAGGCACCACUGCUUGAGCCUGCAGAGGAAAUGCCUGAUGACUUGGCUCCAGCACACCCAGGAGAGCCUCACGGAGAAGGCGUCUCGGGCCGAGGACUUCUAUUCCCAUACGUUGCUGAGACGGGGCUUCAGGAACUGGCUAAAGUACAAGGAUUAUCUCUCUACUCUGGAGGAGAGAGCGAGUACCCUCCAUGCAGCCUGCCUCAUGAGGAAAUACUUCUGGGAAUGGUUUGAUCUGAUCAUGGAAGAAAAAAGUAUCUUAUGGGAGAAGCUGAAGAUCGCUACUGAACACAGUAACAAGAGACUCAUGCUGAAUGCAUUCAAGGCAUGGAGGCAGUACCCAUUACUGGUGAAAAAGGAAAGAGAGAGAGAGGAAAGGAGAAACCAGCUACGCAGGAGAGUAGCUGAAAUUCUCCCUGACUUCCAGACAAGACAGAAGACAGUCAAAGGAGACUGGGAAAGGGGACAAAAAGACUGA